AUGAUGAUCGUCACUACUUCCACUAUGGAAAGUCAAAACAACACUACAAGUACAUCCACAGCAGCAGUAACAACAGUACCUACCUCUCCUUCUUCAUCAUCAUGUUGCUCCGCAGCUGCUAUCAUUCUAAAAGCAAGUAAUUUGAGUCAGCAUGAAGCUCUCUCCACUCCGGAACAAUAUGAAACCUUCUUGGAUGAAACCUUGUUGACAGCAUCGAGCAAUGUGGUGUGCAACAAGCCAUCCAUUGAACGGUCAGCAGGAAUUUUGAAAAAUGUACUCGUUGAACAAUUCCAACAAUAUCAAGCCAGUGAUGAUGAAUAUUCGUUGAGUGUACAAUUAUUUCUAGAUGCAUCCACUCCAAUGAACAACAAGAAGGAUGAUUCAUGCUCCUUCUCGAAUAAUGAACUCGCAGUAAUUUCAGCAGUCAUUAACACACUUCAAGAAUUGAAGAGAGCUCACAUUGACAUGUUACUAAUCAAAGCAACCUCACCACAGCAAGUAUUGAAUUAUUGGUCCGAUGUGGAAUUGUUAGUGGAAUAUGGUCUAGUCAAACAAAUUGGUGUUUGUGAUUUUAGUGUGAAUGAAUUGCAAACAUUCAUGUCCAGCAGUCAAAUUAAAAUUCAACCUCAAAUCGUGCAAGUGAAUUUGGCCUCAUACGAAACAUUAGAGUCAUUGAAUGAUUUGACACAAUUCUGUGCCUCGAGAAAUAUUAAAGUCUUGACAGGCUCUAGAGGAAGUUUGAAUGAUUUCAGGAAAGCAGGUGCCAAAGCAUUGGGCUCUUCUCAGGUUUCUCUUGACUAUGUUGUAAGAUAUUCACUCGUGUCAAGACCAACAUCUGUGGUGAAAGAUAUGGGAUUUAUUGUUAAGGUUAAUGGAAAUGAAAAAUGUGAAUGCAUUUCAGGACAAUGUUUGUAA